AUGAGAAGAACACCCAGCAGCGACAGAAAGAGACAUUCUAUGUUUUUGACGUCUGCAAGCUUGGAUCUAGCCGCGAUGUACUCGAGCAAGAACAACCGAUCGGCAGACACAUUGGUCGCAGAAAGAAAAACUGAAAAGCCCGUGCCGACCCGCAAAUCCACUGUGUCGAGAGGCAAGAGCAUGCUGCGCAGAAGCGCAGUGCUGCUGGACGACAACAUGGUCCGGGAAUACAAUUUGGCGGUGCGAGCACUCGAUACGGGUGCGCCAGUACGCGGGCCUACGAGACCGCAGACAAGAGCGUCGCAGACGCCGGUGAUCAAAGAACACGAGCCACCGUCGUGCAGGGGACACAAGAGCAGCGUCUCGACGUCGUCCAGCCUGUCGUCUAGCAUGUCGUCGCUUUUUUCGCGGGACAGCAGUUUCUCGAUCCACGAUCUCAUGUACCAGGACUUCCUGGAAAACCAGUCGAGCGAAAAACCACAACGCGGUGCGAACGUGUACGUGGUGGACGUCCAGGCGAUUGCGCAGGCGCAAGACGUGGACAUCUGGAGCGAACCUGCCGCUUUGGUGGACGCUCGCACGCGACUCGAAUUCUGA